UGCUCGGUACGCGCCACCACCACCAUCACCAUGUCGAGCACAUCGCAAAAGCAUAGAAAUUUCGUUGCGGAACCGAUGGGCGAGAAACCCGUCACAGACCUUGCCGGUGUCGGUGAUGUGCUGGGGAAGCGAUUGGAAGCGGCCGGUUUCGAUCGUGCGUACACCGUACUUGGCCAGUAUCUAAUCCUGAAGAAAGAUGCCGAACUGUUCAAGGAGUGGAUGAAGGACACCUGCGGCGCGAACUCGAAACAGGCGGCCGAUUGCUACCAGUGCCUGAGCGAUUGGUGUGACGAGUUCCUGUAAAUAGCACAUCCUGUUGCAUUUAAGAGCAUUUUGACAAAUG